AUUCUUAAUCCUCAGCCGUCCAUUCCAUCUCAAAUGAAUCCCAUCCCCAUCCACUUCCUCUCGCUCUUCUAUAUAUUUCCCUCUCGUCUCACCACCUACCCUCGCCUUUCUUAGCUCCUCUCUCUCUCGUGUCACCUGCUUACUUCAACCCCAGGCUGCAAGAGAUGGAGACUUUCUUGUUCACGUCAGAGUCGGUGAAUGAAGGACACCCCGACAAGCUCUGCGACCAGGUGUCUGAUGCAGUUCUUGAUGCAUGCCUUGCCCAGGAUCCUGAGAGCAAGGUCGCUUGUGAGACCUGCACCAAGACCAAUAUGGUCAUGGUCUUUGGUGAGAUUACCACCAAGGCCAAUGUAGACUAUGAGAAAAUAGUUCGUGACACUUGCCGUGCUAUAGGAUUUGUCUCUGAUGAUGUGGGCUUGGAUGCUGAUAAUUGCAAGGUUCUUGUUAACAUUGAGCAACAAAGCCCUGAUAUUGCCCAGGGUGUCCAUGGCCAUCUCACCAAGCGACCUGAGGAGAUUGGUGCUGGCGACCAGGGCCACAUGUUUGGGUAUGCCACUGAUGAGACCCCUGAAUUAAUGCCUCUUAGCCAUGUCCUUGCAACGAAACUUGGUUCUCGUCUUACUGAGGUUCGCAAGAAUGGUACUUGCCCGUGGCUGAGGCCUGAUGGUAAAACCCAAGUGACAGUUGAGUACUACAAUGAUAACGGUGCCAUGGUUCCCAUCCGUGUUCACACUGUUUUGAUCUCAACACAGCAUGAUGAGACCGUAACCAAUGAUGAGAUUGCUGCUGAUCUGAAGGAGCAUGUCAUCAAGCCUGUCAUUCCUGAAAAGUACCUUGACGAGAAGACCAUAUUCCACCUGAAUCCUUCCGGCCGUUUUGUCAUUGGUGGCCCUCAUGGCGAUGCUGGUCUUACUGGUCGCAAGAUCAUCAUCGACACUUAUGGUGGAUGGGGAGCUCAUGGAGGUGGAGCUUUCUCAGGGAAAGACCCGACCAAGGUGGACAGGAGUGGUGCCUACAUUGUUAGGCAAGCUGCAAAGAGCAUUGUUGCUGCAGGACUGGCUAGGAGGUGCAUUGUGCAAGUUUCCUACGCCAUUGGUGUGCCUGAGCCCUUGUCCGUCUUUGUAGACACAUAUGGAACUGGAAAAAUCCCCGACAAGGAAAUUCUCAAGAUUGUCAAGGAAAACUUUGAUUUCAGGCCUGGUAUGAUUUCUAUCAACCUGGACCUUAAGAGGGGUUCUGGUAACAGGUUCUUGAAGACUGCUGCAUAUGGACAUUUCGGUAGAGAUGACCCUGAUUUUACCUGGGAAGUUGUGAAGCCUCUCAAAUGGGACAAGAAUCAAGCUUAAGUAACAUUAACCCCUAAAAUUAGAAAGGCAGCACAGCAACCUCCUGCUUCACGUUGGAUUACAGCCCAUUGGCUUUUUCUGUGUUUUCUGUUUCCCAGUUUGGUGUUUUUUCAUUUUUUUUUUUCUUUCAAUUAUAUUUGCAUUAGCACUUGGGAGUGGUUACUAAAGCAAUUAUGUCUUCCCAAUACUGAGAUCUUAUGAUCCUCCAUCUGAUUCUGCUGUAUCAUUAAUUUAAGUAUAACUAGAGCAGCUUGCUGCAUUAGCCUUGCCAUGUUUAAGAAUGUGAUAGUAGAAACUUUUAGCUAGAACGUUUUAUAUAAUUAUGAGAUGAUUAUAUUCA